GUGACUCGUUUCGAACUCGAUUUUCGAUAACGGACAAUGUCUAUGUGAGAACGUUUCGUGUUCGAAAUUAGAAUAUGUUUUGAAAUUGGAAUUGGAUUAUGUUUUAAAUUUGAAUUUCGAGUGUGUGAACUUUGAAACAUGUCAGAACUGCGUGGAUCGCCGCCUCUUUCGCGGGGUGUUUUGGAGAACGGUUUUGGGGCUCCGUUGGCUGCUUUGAGCUCGUUAGCGGAGGCACCUCCUCCGGCCCCUAACCCUCACGGGAUCGACCAUAUCUUAUCGAGACCGACAGUUGGGGCCAACGUUGGCGCCGGUCUUCUGACACCGAGGUUAUCUUUGGCAGCGGCCGCAGCAGGCAUGGCUCAUUACUUGCAGCACAAACCAUUAUACUGGCCAGGCUUUCAAGGAUUAGUAUCGAAUCCAAUGGCAUGGAGAGACAGAUUGCAGUCAAGUAAGUAUUAUAUAUUGAGUAAUGGAGCGUUAAGCGCGUGCGCAGCUCAAGGCGGCGGAAUGGACAAGGAUGGCAAGAAAAAACACACGCGGCCAACGUUCAGUGGACAGCAAAUAUUCGCGUUGGAGAAGACGUUUGAGCAGACCAAAUACUUGGCAGGCCCUGAGCGAGCCAAGCUAGCAUACGCCCUGGGAAUGACAGAGUCACAGGUCAAGGUAUGGUUCCAAAACAGACGAACAAAAUGGCGGAAAAAGCACGCCGCUGAAAUGGCAACAGCAAAACGCAAGCAAGAAGAGCUCGGUGAAGAAUGUGACGACCAAGAGCCCCACGACAACGACCCUUGCAGUGACGACGACGACGCUAAACGGCCGAGGCUCGACCUUCAUCACCAACACAUCCCUCAUCACCAAAUACCACAUCAUCGCCAGUGAUCCGAUCCAUCCGGCACCGGUGAGGGGAAACCCUUCAAAACCAGUGCCAGUGAGAAUAGUGACGUGAAUGACUUUAAAGAACUAGAAAUAGACUCUGAAAAUAAUGACAAUAGCGUAAGCACUCGUAGCUUCGACAAUGACUACGAAAACGACUAUAAAACAUUUGUCAAUUACAGAGAUGAGAAAUUCCAAUCGAAUUAUGCGAGAAAUCCAAUUAACGAUGCUAAAUUCUCGGCGAACAGUGAACGUAACGAGUCGAACGGUUAUUACUUGAACUUUGGAAAUAUAUAUCCCGAUUAUGUAGUGCCGAGAACAUUUUGUAAGGAAUCGAAUAAUGAUGACGCACCGUGCGAUCUUUCGAAUUGGCAAGUUAGGGGUGCUAGCAAAUUCGAACAGGGCAUGGUCGAGAAUGAACGAGAAUUAGCGAGUACUAGUGAAGUAGAUAGUGAACAAGACGCAUUGAAUAAUGAGAAUAAUGACAAUGUCCAACAGCCUAUAAACUUCGCAUACUAUCACU